CCUGUGGGUUACUGGGAAGAACUUCCGGGUUGGCCCGAGAAGCCGGUAGGGAAGCGUUUUCUAGAACCCGUAAAAUUUUUGGAGGUCAUCUGGUUUCCUUCGUUUUUUUUUUUGGUUUGUUUUUUGUUUUUUUACUGAUGGAGAAACUGAGGACCAGAAAGGUUAAGUGACUUGCCCCAAGUCCAUACACUUAGUAAAUGUAUGAGACGAAUUUGGGACCUUGGCCAUCUUGACACUACUAGUUCACUGCAGUCCUUGACACCGGGGCGCUUCUCUAGGACCCUCAUACCAAGAAAUGGGGAUGGAGAUACCACGGAAGACUUGUUUGAGAAGAGCAUGGGAGGUAUUAGUCCCUUUCCCAACGGUCUUUGCUGAAGAAAGCACCAUUGCAACUGCCUCAGGCCCCUCCCCGGAGGAAACUCUGCCUCAUCACAUUAAGGGUCCAGUUUACGCAGAGACAGGAUGGGAUCGCCUCAAAGAGCUCCUUGUCAGAGAUGAACACCAACCAUUACCAGAGGAAAUUGAUUAUAUUUUCAAAGCAGCAACUUCAGGGGCAAUUGUUGGUUGGAUAUAUGGAGGCAUACCUGCUUUUUAUCAUGCCAAACAACGUUAUAUUUCACAGAGCCAUGCAGAGAUUUAUUACAACCGAUUUGAUGCUGUGCAAUCUGCCCAGCGAGCUGCCAUUCGAGGAUUCAUCCGGUAUGGCUGGAGGUGGAGUUGGAGAACAGCCUUGUUUGUAACUAUAUUUAACACAGUGAGCACUGGUCUGAAUGUAUAUCGAAAUAAAAAUUCCUUAAGCCAUUUUGUUGUUGCAGGAGCUGCUACUGGAGGUCUUUUCAGAUUUUACUUGGGUCUGAGUAGUAUGCUGACUGGUGGUUUGUUUGGAGCCAUUCUGGGGGCUCCUUUUGGGGUCAUGAUCAAGGCCAUCGAGAAGUAUCAAGGAGAGACUGUUUGGGAUAGAAAACAGAAGACCCGGAAGGAGCUCUAUGAGUUAAAGCUGGAUGAAUGGAAGGCCAGGCUACAUGUUACUGAUGCUGUCACUGAAGAGUUUAAAAGUAACUUAGGGGAAAAUCAAUCAGAAAGAGAUGCAAAGAGAAUUGAAGAGCUUUUAAAUCUUCCUAGAAACCCUUCUUCAACAACAGAUAGUAAAGAUGGGGACUAGUUUGAUUCUAGACAUAGGAGACAUUUAAUGAGUUGGUGGUUUUUUGUUGUUGUUGUUUUUUAAACCCUUAC